AUGAGGAACACCGACAUGGGGAGUACAGACAUGGGUAACACCGACAUGGGGAGUACAGACAUGGGGAACACUGACAUGAGGAACACCGACAUGGGGAGUACAGAAAUGGGGAACACCGACAUGGGGAGUACAGACAUGGGGAACACUGACAUGAGGAACACCGACAUGGGGAGUACAGACAUGAGGAACACCGACAUGGGGAGUACAGACAUGAGGAACACCGACAUGGGGAGUACAGACAUGGGGAACAUCGACAUGUUGUGUACAGACAUGGGAAACACAGACAUGGGGAGUACAGACAUGGGGAACAUCAACAUUGGGAGUACAGACAUGGGGAACACCGACAUGGGGAACAUCGGCAUUGGGAGUACAGACUUGGGGAACACCGAAAUGGGGAUAUAUAUAUGGCACGACACAGAUACACACUGCAGUAUGUGA